AUGGACAAAGAAAAUGGUGAUGCUUCUUGCAAAUCCUCAGACCUGAAAAUAUCCAACAUCUCCAUUCAGGUGGUCAGCGCCCCCGGGAAGCUUCCCGGGAGAAGGCUGCCUCGAAAACCUAUUGGCAAACCCAGGUGCCGCAAGCAACCCAAGAAGAAAGUUGCCCUUUGGAAUGUUCAAAACAAGAUCAUUCUCUUCACGGUAUUUUUGUUCAUCCUGGCAGUCACAGCUUGGACACUUCUGUGGCUCUAUAUCAGUAAGACAGAGAGCAAAGACGCCUUUUAUUUUGUUGGGAUGUUCCGCAUCACCAACGUUGAGUUUCUUCCUGAGUACCGGCAGAAGGAGUCCAGGGAAUUUCUCUCCAUGGCGAAGACAGUACAGCAAGUGAUUAACCUGGUUUACACAACAUCUGCUUUCUCCAAAUUUUAUAAGCAGUCUGUGGUUGCAGAUGUCAGCAGUAACAACAAAGGUGGUCUCCUGGUCCACUUUUGGAUUGUGUUUGUCAUGCCACACGCCAAGGGCCACAUCUUCUGCGAGGAGUGUGUGGCAGCCAUCUUGAAGGACUCCAUCCAAACCAGCAUCAUAAACCGCACCUCUGUGGGAAGCUUGCAGGGACUGGCUGUGGAUAUGGACUCUGUGGUACUAAAUGAGAAAGUGUGCAGCCAUGCCCUCGUCUCCUCACGUCGGGUCCUUGUGUGUGGAUACCUUCUUUCAGAGUGUGAAAACACGAUAUUGGUCAAGGAGAUCAACAGCUUUGAAGGGAAAAUUUCAAGUCCGUAUUACCCAAGCUACUAUCCUCCGAAGUGCACGUGUACCUGGAAAUUUCAGACUCCCCUGGCAACUCUGGGCAUAGCCCUGAGAUUCUACAACUACUCACUGACCAAGAAGAGUAUGAAAGGCUGUGAGCAUGGAUGGUGGGAAAUUAAUGAACACAUGUACUGUGGCUCCUACAUGGAUCACGAGACCAUUUUCCGAGUGCCCAGCCCCUUGGUCCACAUCCAGCUCCAAUGUAGUUCCAGACUUUCAGACAAGCCUCUCUUGGUAGAAUAUGGCGGCUAUAACAUCAGUCAACCUUGUCCUGCUGGGUCUUUUAGAUGCUCGUCUGGUUUGUGCGUCCCCCAGGCCCAGCGCUGUGAUGGGGUAAAUGACUGCUUCGAUGAAAGUGACGAGCUUUUCUGUGUGACUGCCAAACCUGCCUGCAAUGCCAGCAUCUUCCGGCAGCGCGGCCCUCUGGUCUGUGAUGGCUUCUGGGACUGCGAGGAUGGCCAGGAUGAGCAGAACUGCACUCGGAGCAUUCCGUGCACCAAUAGGACCUUUAAGUGUGGCAAUGACAUCUGCUUCCGGAAACAAAAUGCACAGUGUGACGGGAUCGUGGAUUGUGCAGACGGGAGUGACGAAGAGGGCUGCAGCUGUAGCAGGGGCUCUUCCUCCCUCCACCGCAUCGUUGGGGGUUCUGACUCCCAAGAGGGGACCUGGCCAUGGCAGGUCAGCCUCCACUUUGUUGGAUCAGCCUACUGUGGUGCCUCUGUCAUCUCCAGGGAGUGGCUUCUCUCAGCAGCCCAUUGUUUCCACGGAAACAGGCUAUCUGACCCUACUCCAUGGACUGCACACCUUGGGAUGUAUGUGCAGGGGAGUGCCAAGUUCAUCUCUCCACUCAGAAGGAUUGUGGUCCACGAAUACUAUAACAGUCAAACCUUUGACUAUGAUAUUGCUUUGCUACAGCUCAGUAUAGCCUGGCCUGAGACCCUGAAACAGAUCAUUCAGCCAAUAUGUCUCCCCCCAGCUGGCCAGAAAGUGCGCGGUGGGGAGAAGUGCUGGGUGACCGGCUGGGGGCGAAGGCACGAAGCAGAUAAGAAAGGCUCCCCUGUAUUGCAGCAAGCAGAGGUAGAACUCAUUGAUCAAACCGUCUGUGUUUCCACCUAUGGGAUCAUCACUUCCCGGAUGCUCUGUGCAGGGGUUAUGUCUGGCAAGAGCGAUGCUUGCAAAGGAGAUUCAGGUGGACCCUUGUCUUGUCGAAGAAAGAGUGAUGGAAAAUGGAUUCUGACCGGCAUUGUUAGCUGGGGACAUGGAUGUGGAAGACCAAAUUUUCCUGGUGUUUACACAAGGGUGUCAAACUUUGUUCCCUGGAUCCAUAAGUAUGUCCCUUCUCUUUUGUAACUGUACCAGUUGGAUUUUUAACUGAUUUUUGUGAUCGAUUCUUGAAAAAGAAUGUAAUUAUCAUCAAUAAAAUUAAUCCUA